AUGUGGUCAGUUGAGAUCCUUCUGGUCCUUUUAUUUCUCAGCGUGGAGACGCUAGAGAGGAGAUGCGAGUGGGGAGCACGCCUUUGUGAAACGGGGAACCCUUUGAAUUCAACGUGGGUCUGCAAUUUUGGGGAUCCCCUCACGUCACCUACGGGUGGAAUGGAGAUCCAAGAGCUAAGUCACAGUGUUCAAGCCGUUAUGUCGACCCUGGACUAUCAGCCAGUUGAUACUCAACAGAGCAGCAAUAAGAUCUAUAACAAAGACACUCAAAUGGCUCUGAUGACUGGUUUGACCCCUGAGGUCACCCUGAUCAUUCAGGAACCCACACACCCCGUCCAUCUGAAACCACAGAGACUGCACUUAGUGUUGACCACUGCUCCCUCUCAGGACAACGUGUCCUGUGACAGUAACUUUUGUCAGUUUGGCUGGUAUGCUCCAAUGCCUAUGCUCAAUGGCUCUGUGGUCUACAGAGUGAAAGUUAACUCCAAUGGAGUAGGUCAGGAGGUGCCUGAGAAAAGCUUUUCCAUAAAUGUGAAUGGAUUUGUGCAAAGCAACAAGACACAAAAAGCUGAAAUGUCUGUCGGUGUUGAGAUACCAGCAUUAGAAGACAUGUUGAGUCUGGAGACUGCGUCUCGUCCUCUGUGGGCAGUGUAUGAACACGCUCCAGUGCUGCUGCUGGCAGGAAUCCCUGGGUUUAAUGCUGAAGCCAUAGCUACAGAGAGCUCCCUCUUCAUCAGACACAACCAUCUUCUCUAUCGUUUCGUGGGCAAUUACUCUCUACUGGCACUGAGGGUCCCUCCGUCAGACUCAUGGCAGCCAGUCUUGCAGUCAGUUUGCGUGUCUGGGAUGGUGCCUGUGUUUCUUCCCCACCAUGGCACAGAGUACCUGUAUGCUUUGGGAGGAGGGGGGCAGAAAGACACUCUGUAUCGUUUUGAGAUCUAUGAUGGUGAUCUGAACUACACUGAGUUGUUGGACUCUAAGGGUCGCACUGCCUGCCAGUUUAUGAACAGUACAGGCUGUGAGGUGAGGUGGGCAGCCUUUAAUCCAGUUCACAGUUUGACUGACAUCAUCUUAGUGGAGCUUGAACAGAGGGAGCCAGAGUCCUCCUACCAGCUGCUUAUACUUGAGCAGGAUUUCCGUUUGGGUGAUGCCUUUCCCAGUCUGGAUGUAGGGCAGACUUUUCUGUUCUUUGCUGGCUUUCCACUGGAUCAGAUGAUUAAAUACUUCACCAUGUCCUUCCAUGGAGAGUUUGCCUUUGUUACAGAGACUGAGGAGGUUUUCUCCACACUACAGACUCUGAGAGGUCAUCUGUCCCACUCCACAGCAAACAGUCUCCUCACUGUCUACUAUGACUGGGACAAACAGCUACAGGAGGUCAUAUACACAGUGGACACAGAAGGGAGGGGUUCUGUAUUAAAGAGAAAAAUACCAGUUCCUGAGAUUCUGUCCCGCAGUCAUCACUCAACACACCCACACAAAGUCCGACAGCAAGAUGAUGUCUCCUUCCCCACCGCCUGUCCCUUUAUCCUGGAGCGUCUGGAGAAUCUUCCCCACCCAGAACCAUUUAACCGUAUACAACAGUACCAGGCCACACCCCCCCGAAUGCACCCCUCCUCUGGCCUACACUCCACACAGUCACUCAUUACCUACCAAGGCCUGAUGUACCGCCUACUACACAUGCACUCUGCUUAUCUACAGGUGGACUGGUAUUUCUACAUUGGCAGUAAUGCCUUUUCCUCGUCAGGCUUUAGUGUGGAGAUGGAGGGAUACUCCAGACCUUCCUUAAGCUCUGAGCUCACUCUGCCUGAUAAAGUCUAUCUCAACUACAGAGACUCUCUCUCCUUCACCAUUCACAUUACAGCCACAGGCCAUCAACAGCUACUGCAGGACUCUACAGAUAGGAAAUUCCUCGAUGUGAUGGUCUACAGAGAAGAGCAGCUGCAUCUCAGAACUGUCACCUUUAACGUGACAGUGAUGGACAGGGGGGCGUAUCCAGGACAGGCCUUGGCAGGGGAGGGACUGAUUCCUCUCAGCGUGCUACUGCGGGGACAGCACAGGUUGUCUGUUUUGAUUGGUUGUCGUCCUGGCAGUCGGUUAGCGUAUGAUGCCAUUGGUUCAGUUCAGGAGUCUAUACGUCUGAACGGUCAGUAUCUGGACUGUCUGAACCCUGACCCCAGCAGCCCCUGCUUCUACUUUGAGGACUAUUACCGUCCUAUCAUUCUCCUCCAGGACAUGGUGUCUGGGAGGUCAGAGAGGUACCUGGGAAGUUCUCAGAGGACACUGAUAUGGAUAUUUGAGGAAGUACCUGAGACGCUCACCUUUACAGAGCAGGGUUUUCCAGUCAUGACCUUCAACACCAGUCCCAUAAGUUGGUUUUGUCAGAGUAAUUCACCCUGUGGUGAGUUAGUUCCUCAUGGUCUUAUUAGCCCAGAUUUCUACUUCACUGCUGAGGUGUCUAGCAAGUAA